UUGGCCUCCCACGCCAGUCUCUUCCCGAUAUUAUUUAUUCUUUGUCCUCAACGCGGCAUUGACAGGCCGACCGACUUUUGUUUCCUUCUUCUAAAUUUUGAGUUAUCUGAGUUUUGAGAAUUUGAAGAUGAGCCAGUACAAUCAGAAUCAAGUUCCAGUGGCAUACCCUCCUCCACCAGUAUCUACAGAGCCAUAUGUAGCUCCACCACCAGCAGGUUAUCCCACCAAGGACGCGACUCAGUUUCAAAACCCUAAUUCCUACCCUGUGGAGACCAAAUCCAGGGGUGAUGGCUUCUGGAAAGGAUGUUGCGCUGCCUUGUGUUGCUGCUGUGUGUUGGAUGCUUGCUUUUAAGGAUUGAAGACCUUUAGAUUUGGUGCUGUUGUUUCAUUGACGUUAUGACUGGCUUGUUAUUUCUUACUAUUAUUGUUGGGUAUAUUUUAUUAUUAUGUGUUAUUUAAUUUAUUUCUGUAUUAAUAAAAAAACCUAGGCCUAUACAUAUUUUGUAUACAGGUGGUUGUAGAAUAAGCUCUUUAUAUUUCUCUGUU